GUGGAGUGUCGCCAUAAUUUGUGAUGUGUUUUAAAACCUCAUUAUUAAUGAAUUAUUUAUCAGUUAACAUCAUAAAGGAAUAAUAACGUACAGUAACAAGACAAUGGAUAGUCAAAAGUGUAAAAAAAAUGGUAAGCAAAAAAAGGCGAACCCUACAAGCGAAAGCAAAAGAAAAGCUGCAGCAGAAAGAAAAAGAAAGGAACGAUUAAGGAUCCGCGAAAAUCCGGAAAAAUAUGAAAUGAUGAAGGAAAAGGAAAGAGAACGAAGUCGAAAACGAAGGGCAUUGAAACAAAUAAAAAGUAUAAAUGAUUUAAGCGAAAGAGGAAAAAGAAAACAAAGAGCGGAGUGGAGAAAGCGAUACCAUAAGCAUGCCUUAAAGAAGCGUCAACAGCAACAUUUGACAAGUGUUAUGGAUGAAAAUUCACCUCCAAAUUCUCCAAUUUCUGAGGCAUUGAAUGAACCUCAAGUUCAAAGAGUUCAAAGAAAAAAGAGACUUCGAAAAAGUAGGGAAAAGUACAGAAAGAAGAUUGAAAAAUUGGAAAAGAAACUUAAGGACCAAUGUAAAAUUGCCGAAAAAUGGAAAAAGAAACAUACUAGAUUACUGAAAAAUGAAAACAGUCAGAAGAAAACAGAUAAAUCAACAGUGUUGACAAAAAAACAAGAAAAGAAACAGCCUAAACCUAAUCUCAAAAAAGAAGUCCAUACUUUUCUUACGGACGAUGAAAAUUCAUAUUGUACACCAGGUCGAAAGGACACUAUUACAAAGAAGAAAAUAAAAAAGCAGAUAAGAUAUUUAUCAGAAACCUUACAGGUUUUGCACAAAAAGUUUGUAUCUACAAAACAUAUUCAGAUAUCAUAUCCACAUUUUUGUCGCUUCAAGCCUUUUUGGGUAAUUCAAAGACCUGCCAACAAGAGAGACACCUGCAUGUGCAAGUAUCACGAAAACUUUUUCUUCCUGUUUCAGAAAUGUAAACAGUACAAACUGAUAAAUCACUCCAAUAUGAAUGAUCUUGUUAGUAGUAUUUGUUGCAGUGUAACUAAUAAAACUUGUGUAUAUAGAGAAUGUGAUACGUGCAAGUCAACAAAAAUUGCCUUCAAUGAAAACUGUGAUACUGAGUGGGACUCUAAAAUCCAUCAUUUUGAGUGGAAAAAUGUUACAGAGGAGCGUGUGAAAAAUGGGGUAAAAAGGAUGGUAAAAGUUACGAGAAAAGUUAAAAUAUUUUGUACACUAGAAGAGUUGAAAGAGAAAUUAUGUUCUCAGAUCCUUUUAUUCAUGACUCAUAAGUUUAGAGUUUACAAUCAGAACAAGUUUUCUAAGUACUGUAGAACAAACUUAAAUGAUGACGAAGUUUUUGUUGUAUUUGAUUUUUCAGAAAAUUACCAGUUGAAGUACUCUAGCGAGGUCCAGAGUCGUCAUUUUGGCGCCUCUAAUGAACAACUUACACUACACACUGGAGCUUACUUUGUUAAAGUCACAUCCAACGACAAAUCAAUAAUGAAAGUAAGAACAUUUUGUACAGUAUCUUCAUGUAAUAGACAUGACGCAGCAGCUAUAUGGGCUCACCUUUAUCCAAUAUUUAUGGAAAUAAAACAAAAUUAUGAGAAUGUAAGCAGAGUGCACAUUAUUAGUGAUGGGCCGACUAAACAAUACAGGAACAAAAGUAAUAUGUACUUGUUCAGUUAUUAUAUGGAGCACUUCGGGUUCGAAAAAGCUUCGUACAAUUUUAGUGAGGCUGGUCACGGCAAAAGUGUUGCAGACGGAGUUGGCGGAACUAUAAAGAGAACCGCGGACUCAGCAGUUAAUAUGGGAAAAGAUGUGUCAAAUUUAGAACAGUUCAUGACCGCUGUAAGCAACUUAAAAAUACAAGUUUUGGAAGUAGAUGAGGCCAAAAUGAAGAGUGUUGAUUCUAUUUUGAAACCUAAGUUAGUUCAUUUACGGGCCAUUAAAGACACAUUGAAGUUGCAUCAAAUUGUUUGGAAUUCCCCAGAUGGAACUGGAUUAGAUUGUAGGUUUUUGUCCUGCAUAAUUUGUAGAAAUAAAUCAAAGUGCCCUCACCAAAUGACGAGCUACCAUAGCCUAAUAACUGAAGCUGCCGAUUCUGCGCCUUCUACCAGUAUUCCACGGACAGAAACUUCUAUUGCAACUUGCAGACGAGAGAGGCUCAGCUAUCAUGAUGUAUAUUCAGAUGACGACGAUCACAAUGAAACUGUCCAAAAUCCAUCGGUGGUUACGCCUUGCGAAUUACCUUCAGAUGAAGUUAAUGAUCUCUCCACCGGUGACUUUGUCCUUGUGCGGUUUCCAUUAAACAAGAUCGUGAAAUUUUACAUUGGCGAGGUUAUUCAAAAAUAUAAAGAUGGUGACUAUGAGGUCAAGUUUCUCAGAAAAACAGUUGGAGAAAAAUUUGUUUUUCCUCAAAAUGAUGACAUUGCAUCGGUAAACAUUAAAGACAUUAUUCAAACGCUGACAAACUUUAAAAUGCAUCGAGGCAUUUAUAUUUUUCAAGACUUGGCAAAAACAUCUAAUGUUUAUUGAAAUGUUGAUGU